UCAUCACUCAUGCACACUUGUUGCUUUCUGGGCUCUCUGACUGUGUUCCAGCUACUCCUGAGAAGGUUUCCUGGAUGAGUAUGUUGAAUUGGAAAGAUGAAACAAUUCUACUCUGAUUACGAACAUGGAACUAAUAUUGCUCAGGUAGCAUCUCAUGCACUAAGGUGGAAAUAACCUGGCUCAAAGGCCUUGCUUGAGAAAAUGUCAUUUUGUUAUGAAGCUCUAAAUGGUUCCUGUAUAAAGAACAAUUGGACAAAUAUCGUCCGCAUUCCCACGUACUGUGUAAUGAUACUUGUGAUUCUCACUACGCUGGCUGGAAAUCUUGUGGUUGUUAUCUCCAUAUCACACUUCAAACAACUUCACACUCCAACCAAUAUGCUAAUCAAUUCCAUGGCCACUGUUGACUUUCUGUUGGGAUGCUUGGUCAUGCCUUACAGCAUGGUUAGAUCAGUUGAAAAGUGCUGGUAUUUUGGAGAGGUCUUUUGCAAACUUCACACAAGUACAGAUAUUAUGCUAAGUUCAGCAUCAAUUUUCCACUUGUCUUUCAUUUCCAUUGACCGCUACUAUGCCAUAUGUGACCCACUGAGAUAUAAAGCCAAGAUCAGUGUCUUGGUUGUGCUUGUGAUGAUUGCAGUAAGUUGGGUUGUCCCUGCCAUUUUUGCCUUUGGGAUGAUCUUUCUGGAACUAAACUUAAAAGGAGCUGAAGAGCUGUAUUAUAAGCACAUUUAUUGCAAGGGAGGUUGCUUUGUCUUUUUCAGCAGAAUUUCUGGCAUCCUGGCCUUCAUGACUUCCUUCUAUAUUCCUGGAUCUAUUAUGUUGGGUAUCUAUGGGAAAAUAUAUUUAAUUGCCAAAGGGCAAGCCAGAUCAAUAAAAAAUUCAAACCAGAAGCUCCAAAAUGGAUUUGAAGAGAAACAACAAUUUUCAGCAAGCAAAGAAAAGAAAGCAGCAAAAACUUUAGGGAUUGUGAUGGGAGUUUUCCUCAUUUGUUGGUGCCCAUUCUUUCUCUGCACAGUCAUUGAUCCUUUUAUGGAUUACACCAUCUCACCAUCUCUAAAUGAUGUACUGAUUUGGUUUGGUUAUUUAAAUUCUACCUUGAAUCCAGUGGUUUAUGCAUUUUUCUACCCGUGGUUUCGGAGGGCCCUAAAGAUGAUUUUCCUUGGUAAAGUUUUCAAAAAGGAUUCUUCUUGGUCCCAAUUAUUUUUAGGACUAAAUACUUAG